AUGGCCAGAUAUCAGUACCAGAGUGUCCUUGCCAUCCUGUUCCUUGGCCAGUUGGCCAGCGGCCAGUUCCCCGUUCCGCGCCAGCAGAGAUCGCUCUUCGGGCCAGGUCCUCCGCCGGGCUGGAGCAGUGGUGGCCUCAGCCACGGCGGCUGGAGUCCAGCUCCCAGCUUCGAGUUCAGCCACCUGCCGCCACCGUCCAGUCCGCAUGUGACCAAGGACGAGCUGCUGGCCCUGCUGGCCGCCUGGAAGGAUGUGGCCCAGGUGAAGCCCACCACUCAGGCCCCGGAGCCAGAGCCCGAACCAGAGCCGGAGACCACGCCGGCCCCGCCGCCGCCGGAGGACGAGGAUGAGCCGGAGCCGGAGCCAGAGCCGGAGGCCCCAGAAGUCCCGCCAGCUGGCCCGCCGCCCGGUGUGCCCGUCACCGUCUCCCUGCCCGCCCUGGUGCCCAUCCAGCUGGCGGCCAUGUGGCAACAGCCUCAGCCAGGCGCUGCUGCCGGCGGACUGGGUCCGCUCAAUCUCGGGGGACUGGGCCUGGGUGGGGGCAUUGCCUUGAACAACCUCGGCGGUGGAGCGGCGGCAUCGGGAGCAGCUGCAGCUGCCGGAGGCGGAGGAGCUGCAGCAGCGGCCGGAUCCGGAGUGGCCCGUCCCAGAGCCCGGGCAAGGAUCGGAGGAGGAGGAGGAGGACGUGCGUCCAAUGCCCAGCCCGCCAUUCGCUUCCCGGUGGCCAAUCCGCGCAGCUUUACCUCCAACAACUACGUGGCGCCCCGGCCACGUUACUAUCGCGACACCGAGACAAUGCGCAUCAAUGUAAUGGCACCUCCGCCCUAUCAAAUGGCCAAUGUCCAGGGUCCGGUUCAACUGGUGCCCGCCUACUGGCAAUAGUCCCUCCAUCAUUCACCUCUUCAAGUCUUCAAGUCUUACAGUCGUACUGCC